UUUUUUUGCACGAGCAAUACGAAACAUGAGCAGCUACAAGGCCAUUGAAAUAGAUUCCGAUUCGAGUGAGGUUGACGAAACAAUGCCUCCGAAACGCUGUGAGACACCCCCCAGAAGUGCCGGCGCAAAAGCCAAGAUAAGCAACGAAAUCACCCCUAAAGCCGCCAAGGUCGCUAAGACGGAACCGGAUUCAACAUCUCCAUGCUCCUCGGACAAGACAAACACAUCUCCUGUUAGUGCUGCAGAUGUAUCCGGUAAAGCAGGACGCAAUAGGGCUCGGAAGAGCCAGCAGGGAGCCAGGCGCAUUAGUCCUGACCUCCAGUUCGAGUCGAUUGCUCUGGGGGAGGGCGGUGCCGAAUCCCAGAUCUCCAAGAAAUCCAAUUUGAACAAGGACCCCACAGACUCGCAGGAUAAGGCUAACACGGCCAUUAGAAACCUUCUGCAGAGCGAUGAAAUGCAGGAACUCAUCAAGCGGAUCGCCAACGAGCGGGUGCGCUGCAACUUCCUCCUGGCCACCUACCAACUGCCGGACAUGAACUUCACCCUCAACACGUCCAUGGAUACGCUCCGCCUUCAGUUCCGGGAGCGCCUCAAGCAGCGCAAGGAACGGGGAAAGCGGAAGGCGAAGGGGCCCUCCAUCUAUGCUCUUCCAAGCACCUCAGCCAGCAGCCAGAAAGGAUCCACCAAGGGAGUUGUUCAAUCCCAAAAUCCUCAGUCUUAAAUCAGUUUGUUAUGUAUUAGAUUUAUAUCUUUUGAUUUGUAAUGAACUGAAAAAACGAUGGAUAUAUUCGAUUACUACUGCAGAAUUAUCUAACUUUAGUUUGUAUAAACAUAAAAUUAAGCAAGCACUGACAUUCUGUAAACGAGAAUAAAAGAUGAAACGGAAA